AUGCUAAGCGCAACGGGGGCACGGGAGUUUAUAGUCUCUGUUCGCGAUGCAGUCAAUGAGGAUGGUAGCAAGAAAUAUUUUCUUGACGUUCGGAUCAAUUGCUUUGUUACCAAGGUUAUAUUCGAUACUUCUGCUAAUCCACCUCGCGCAACAGGAGUUGAGUUCCUCGACGGCGAGUAUUUAUACAAAGCUAGCCCCUUGUCUGGGCAAGGUAAAACCGGCACCCCUGGCAGUGUGAUUGCGUCGCGCGAGGUCAUCGUCGCUGGGGGCGUUUACAAUUCGCCACAAUUACUAAAAUAA